GGCGAAUCCGGCUCGGGCAGGAAGUGAGGCCGCCGCGCAGGGUGCCGGCUCCGCGCUCGCAGCAGCGCCGCUGCUUUUCCCCGGCACGAUGCACGCGGCCCUGGCGGUGGGGCUGGUCUUCGGGGGCUGCUGCAGCAACGUGGUCUUCCUGGAGCUCCUCAUCCGGGAAUUUCCAGGAAGUGGGAAUCUGAUCACAUUUUCCCAGUUCUUCUUUAUAGCUUUGGAAGGUUUUAUUUUUGAAGCCAAGUUCGGAAGGAAACAGCCCACGAUUCCUAUCAGGUUCUACCUCAUUAUGGUGGGCAUGUUUUUCACAGUGAGUGUGGUGAACAACUACGCUCUCAACCUGAACAUUGCGAUGCCCCUGCACAUGAUAUUUAGAUCGGGCUCUCUGAUAGCCAGCAUGGCGCUGGGAAUCAUCAUCCUGAAGAAAAGGUACACUCUCUCCAAAUACAUCUCUAUAGCGUUGGUCUCUCUGGGCAUUUUCACCUGUACUCUCAUGUCAGCCAAAGAAGUGAGCUCUGUGUCGGGUGCGAGUGAAGACGCUGAGAGCAUCUCUGCCUUCCUCUGGUGGCUCCUAGGAAUUGCGGCCUUGACCUUUGCCCUCCUCAUGUCAGCCCUGAUGGGCAUCUUCCAGGAAACCAUCUAUAAGAAGUUUGGAAAACACUCCAAGGAGGCCUUGUUCUACAAUCACGGCCUGCCUCUUCCCGGAUUUCUCUUUCUGGCUCCAGAUAUUUACCGACAUGGACUUCUCUUUAGUCAAUCCAGACUCGUCCAGGUGCCGUUGGUUGGACUCAGCCUCCCCAUCAUGUGGCUGUAUCUCAUGAUGAAUGUCAUAACUCAAUACAUCUGCAUCCGAGGGGUCUUCACCUUGACCACCGAGUGCACCUCCUUGACCGUCACGCUGGUCGUGACGUUGCGGAAGUUCGUCAGCCUGAUCUUCUCCAUCCUCUACUUCCGGAACCCCUUCACCGUUUGGCAUUGGCUGGGCACCUUUUUGGUCUUCCUGGGAAUGCUGUUGUAUACGGAAGUGUGGAAGAACCUGGGAUUGGUCCGACCUUGUGGACCCAGGAAGGUGGAGAAGAAGCAGGAAUGAUGAUGGAGAUGUCCUUGGGGGGGGGGGGGAAGAAGUCCUCUCCACUGGACUGGUGGGGCUUUUACUACUAGAACGUUUUGCACCGUCGGACAAAACGGAGUCAGAUUCUCCGUUGUCCGGACGGGAGGGUUGAUUUUUGUACCACACAAGUCGCAAAUCUUGGCUGGGCCAAGCUGAUGCACAUCCCCAGGAGAAAGGGGAAACGGUUUUUUCCGUCUUUGGGUUGUGGGGGGUGACAACGAUAAGGGGGUUUCUUUGUCAAGAAGAAUCUGAUCCACGCCUCCAGCGACUCCAUGAAUUGGCUAGUUUUGCCCCCGGAGUUUGCAAAAAAACCCAAAACCCUGCUUUUGGUUCAUGGAUAUCAAAUUAUUGGCAUCAAGCGCGGACUUUAAAAGGAAUAGCUGUGGAAGUCGUUAUGUGAUAGUUUGGUCUGCGGUGAAGGAAUGGCCCGUUCGCCCCUUCCAUGAGGCCACGGUUGAAGGCCAUCCGCAGAAGUUUGUGGCCCAUUGGGGACAGCAGAGUCCUACCAAUGAGAACUGGGUGUCCUUGGGCAGGGCUUAAGAAGAUCUGGACAGCUGUCGGGUUGCUUUGAGGUUGGAAUGGAGCGUUGACCACCUGUCUGUGAUCUUGGCCCAACAAGCAGCAUCCAAAGUUGGUUCCUCAGAAACCAGAUUGACCAAGCAGCAGCUCUUUCUGUGUCGGUUAAUUUGUGGAUAGCUCUCCAGAUCUUUCUCCCCAAUAUACACAAACAAACGAAAUCUCAUGACCUUCAUCUAUAAUAGGUGUGUGGUGUCCAACCUUGGCCAUUUUUAAAACCUGUUGUUCUGUCCCAGCCUACAUACGUCCUUGUUACUUCACAAAGACAAUCCUUCUUUUAACGGUAGACUGGAAAAAUAAACCCUUUUUAUUUGAGUUACAGACCUGAUAGUUGUCCCAGAAAACCAAAAGCAACAGAACGCUUUUCCAACAGGAGACCUUGUCCAAAAGCAAAACGGAGCACGAAUCAAACAGGAAAUAACUCACAGGCAAAAUAAACAGACCGUGAUCUCUUGACACUGAGGUUCUUUGCAAACGGUUGCCUCCCAGCAACCAGCCCUGUUCACACCUUCCCUUUUUGUUACGUAGCUCCCAAGGUGUGGCUUCUCACUGCUUUCUCCUCCUCCCCUGGAGUCACCCCAUUGCCUCCCUCUGUCCUACUCGUGUGACCUGUCUGUGAUUACGAGCGGCUCUGAGGUUUUCCAGCUAUGCUUCCUCCAAGUCUGACUCAGCUUCCUAGCACAGCUGGCUCAGCUGGAUCACGAGUGGAAGGAUCAGCCUCCUCAUCAGUCUGUAAGUCCUGCAGCUCAUCAGAGUCUUCCUCCUCCUCUCAUGGCUCUCCAGCCCCCCCCCCUCCUCCUCUGAUUCCCCAGACUCAACUACAGGGAUCACAGGCUGGCACGGAAUCACAACACUUGUGGACUUUCCAGAAUUCCCCAGCCAGCCAUGCUGGCUGAGGAAUUCUAGGAGUUGAAGUCCACAGGUCUUAAAGUGGGCACGGUUGGACACCGUGGUCUAGAAUAUCUAUUGGUGAAGGACAAGGAAGACUAUCCAACUUUCUUGAAUAGACAGAAGUCUUGGCCAGACAGGGUGGCUAUCUCUCGGGUUCCUUGGGGGCAAUCCAGAGCAGUCUUUCUCAACCUCAACGCCUUCAAGAAGUCAUGUCGACUCCAACUCAUGAUGGAUUCUGGGAGUUGAAGUCCACAAACCUCUGAAAGUUGUUAAGGUUGAGAGACACUAAUGUAGAGGUGGCGCCAAUGUUUCCUCUGAUCUUCUGUUCUUUAGGGACUAUUUGAAGGAAGAUGUUGUCCAGGAAUGACAGACUGAAUAAGCUAUACAAUUCUGAGCCAUCUAGGAAACUGGUUUCUGAAUUUAAAAUGGAAGCCCUGCAAGGGUUCCUGGUCUACCUUGUCUAUGACAAGGUCUUCUCCAAACCAGGUCUCCCUAUGAACAAAUAUAAAUACCCUUCUCUGCUCCCCUUCUUGAUGGGAGGGCCACGAGUAUUCUUACUCUGUGACCGCCUCCUUUAAGCAGCUGUAGAUUUUGAGGGUUUAUUUAAUUUUGGGGGGGGGGGCAACAUUUUUGCAUAUUUAUAUUUAUAAUCUGCACUGACAAGCAAGCAGAGUUCCUUUCCUCGGUGCUAUAAAUCCGUGUUCCUCAAUUCUCAACAACUUUAAAAUGGGUGGGACUUCAACGCCCAGAAUUCCACCGGCUGGGGAAUUCUGGGAGUUUGAAUUCCAUGUAUCUAAAGUUGGCGAGGUUGAGGAACACCGGUCUACAUAACGGUGAAGUGUUUUCUUUCGUUCUUUUUUUGCCCCCUAAAGGCAUCUCGUCUGAAUUUUGGUUACAUCGGUGAAGCAGUUAAGGCCCCAGAAAACCAGGAGACUAUGAGUUCUCGUCCCGUUUUAGGCGCAAAGCCUUCAAAACAGACUGUGAGUUCUAGUCCCGUUUUAGGCGCAAAGCCUUCAAAACAGCCACACAGUUUUCCUGAGCCCUGGAAAGGAAGCAAUGGCAAGCCACUUCAAAAAAACAUGGCAAAGCUUUGUCUGGUUGCCGAGAAUCAGGCAAGGUUGAGUUGAAAAAGCGCCAUUGUUGUUCUUAUUGUUUUGGGGAAAUUUCCCCAUCUUCACUGUACCCGAAUUGGGUUGUGUUAAAAUUGUGAUGCUUUGGGGUGGGCCCUUGUGGGUCCCUUUAAGCUAGGAAGGCACGCACAAGCAUGCAUGGAAACGCAGUUGGGGGGCUCAAGCAGCUCCCUUAAAAGCUAGAAUGGUAGCAAGCAGCCAGCAAGAUUAAACUAGGUUCCCCUUAAACCUGGUUUGUUUCUUUCCACUGGUGUAUGUCGGUUUGUGAGAAGCCAACCGCUGAGUUGAGCACUUGGUGCCAAACCAGAAAAAAAGUUAAUCCGGUAGCCAACAGGAAGAUGUUUUGAACGGUGCUUUUGGUCACCCACCAAUAAACCCACAUUGCAUUAGCUAGUCAACUGGCCCUUUGAUGACUUGUGGACUUCAACUCCCAGAAUUCCUCAGCCAGGCAUGCUUAAAAUGAGUUAGCAUUAUUAUACACAAGUCAUAAAAGGGCUAAGUUUGAAACCCUGACAUAAUAUGAGGGGGAAAUAAUGCUAAUUCAGAAAGAGCUAAACUGGUGUUUCUCAUCCUCGGCCAUUUUAAGAGGUGUGGACUU